AAGGAGUGUUCGAGAGAGAGAGGGAGAGAGAGAAAGAACGAGUGUAUGACAUGAGCUGAACAGCAUUCAACAGGCUUGAAAGACAAAGAAGCAGUGUGUACUCAGUAGUCAGUGUUGUGUGAAAGUGUGUGUUAGUGAGUGUGUGAGAGAGAAAAAGGUGGCAGAAAAGAGAGAGAGAGAGAAAGGAGAAUUGAGGACAGAGAUGCUGAAGAAGGGAUAUUAGCGGUGUUGGUAGGUUAGAAAUGGACCCCCAGCACAGGGCAGCUCUUGAUAUCUCCACCAGGAAUCCACAGGACGAUUUUGAGAUUCUGCUCAGGGUCGGAGGAGGAACAUAUGGAGAAGUUUACAAGGCACGCAACAAGCAAAAUGGGGAGCUGGCUGCUAUCAAGGUCAUCAAAAUGGAGCCAGAGGAUGAUUUCUCCAUCAUCCAACAGGAGAUCGUCAUUGUAAAGAGCUGCAAACAUCCCAACAUAGUAGCUUAUUAUGGCAGUUACAUACGAGCUCAUAAACUGUGGAUUUGUAUGGAGUUCUGUGGAGGAGGCUCCCUGCAGGACAUCUAUCAAGUGACAGGUGCUUUGUCUGAGCCACAGAUAGCCUACAUCUGCAGAGAAAUGUUACAGGGCUUGGAGUAUUUGCACGCUCAGAAGAAAAUUCACAGAGAUAUCAAAGGUGCCAACAUCCUCCUCAAUGAUCAGGGCGAGGUCAAGCUGGCUGAGUUUGGGAUCUCUGCACAGAUCACUGCAACUCUAGCUCGGCGAAUGUCCUUCAUUGGAACGCCAUAUUGGAUGGCACCAGAGGUAGCAGCAGUGGAGAUAAAGGGCGGCUACAAUGAAUUGUGUGACGUUUGGUCCGUGGGAAUCACAGCUAUCGAGCUGGCAGAGCUACAACCUCCACUGUUUGACGUCCACCCACUGCGUGUCUUGUUUCUGAUGUCCAAGAGCAGCUACCAGCCCCCUAAACUCAAGGACAAAAAUAAAUGGUCGUCCACAUUCUAUAACUUUGUCAAGGCCAUGUUGGUGAGGAACCCAAAGAAGAGACCGAGUGCCUCCAAGACACUCACAAAUGUGUUUUUGACCCAGCAGUGUCUGAACAGGGAUCUGACUCUGGAACUACUGGAGAAGUUUCGCCACCCUGAGAAACUGAGGAGCUGCGUGGCCACAGAUGAGGAGGAAACAGAGGUGGCAGUACCUGGGUCUUUAAGAAGGAUUCAGUCCAUUAACAAACACAAUAAAGCAGAGAGGACCAGCUCUGACAUAAGCUUGGAACAGAUCUACACUCAAAGGGGAGUAAGAAAUGAAGCAUUCAGUCUUCUGUUAAGGAACUCUCUGGGAUCAACAGGCAGCAGCAGGAGUCAAGGGAGGGACGACGACACGGACUCUGAUGGUGACUACGAUGAUGUUGAUAUCCCGACCAUAAAAGCCACGAGCGACAUCAAAAAUGACAUUCCACCCCCACUUCCACCAAAACCCAAAGCUCUGACGAGUUCGGAGGAAAGCAUCCCAGGAGAAGAUGAUCGGUUGAGGAAGCCCUGCUCUAUGUACAACCCUGCUCUUAUUAGGACCUCCAGUGGUACUCAUGUCCGGCCCACUCUAAAACCACGAGUGUCACGAAACUCAGACCCGGCAUAUUUUCCUGCUCAAACACACAACAGCUUACCCGACGUUGUUCCACCUAUUCCUCCCAAAGGAAUACGCAGACGGCAGCCUCCAUCAAAGGAUACUGCCGAGUGUGUCAGCCCUGUCACGAAGAAACCUCCCGUCUACUUUAAAAAGAUUUUCUAUGGCUGCCCUCUGAAAGUAAACUGCUCUACAACUUGGGAAAACUCAGCCACCAAAGAGCAGCACCUCCUCUUGGGUGCAGAGGAAGGAAUCUACACCAUGACCCUCAACAGCUCUGAGGCCACCAUGGAGCUGUUGUAUCCAGGAAAAUGCACCUGGGUCUAUACCAUUAAUAAUGUCCUCAUGUCGGUGUCAGGUAAAUCAUCACAGCUUCAUUCACAUUCCCUAAAGGAGUUGUUUGAACAAGCUAAGAAAGACCAGAGGAUGGUUGCCUUGCCAACUCACAGACUGCUGCCAAGGAAAUGUGCAGUGACGAGUAAAAUUCCAGAUACCAAAGGCUGCAAGACAUGUUCAGCUGGUGCAGAUAACCUGCAGCAGGGAUGUGUGUUCCUGUGCUGUGCUCUGGAGUCCAGUGUGGUGCUGCUGCAGUGGUACGAGCCUAUGCAGAAGUUCAUGCUCAUUAAGCAUUUUGACUUCCCCCUUCCCUCCCCUCUGCGGGUGUUUGAGAUGAUAGUAGCUCCACAGGAGGAGUAUCCUCUGGUGUGCAUCGGUGUGUCUCAGGGCUCCAGCCCUAACCCUCCAGUCGCUGUAGAAUACAUGAACCUCAACUCCAACACUUCCUGGUUCACCAGAUCCGGUCUUGAAAAACCUGUUCCAGACGUGGUACAGGUAAACCAGCUGGAUGGUAAUUCACUGCUUGUCCUUUUAGAAAAGUCAGUUUAUGUUGUCGAUCUGACGGGGGCGCUAAAGAGCAGCAGGUCCCUGUCACUCGAGGCCACCUUCUCUUUUGACGUGGAGUCUGUAGUUUAUUUCCAGGACACUCUGCUGGCAGUGUGGCGUCACGGCUGGCAGAGGAGAGGACACAGUUUUUCUGAUGUGCUGGAUGAAAUUGUUGACCACAGGAAGAUCUACAGAUUGGUGCAGUCAAAUGGGAGGAUUGUUUUGGAGACACGUCAGACUGAAGACCAAUCAGGGCUGUCCAACCUUUACGUCCUGGAAAAUGCAGAGAACUACGUCCUCUUGGCCUGAUGUCCCUGUUGGCUUCACAAACUCCAGGCUGCAGUUUUGACUAAUGCUUCUACUUGAGACCUUCAGCAUUGAAUGGAAGACGCAUUGAAUAAGGCACAGGAUCAUCUUGACCUCUGAUGACCUUGAACGUGUUAUUGCCCUUGCAUUCAGUGGAACUAUGUCUUGACACCAUUAACCCCUCAAUUAAAGGGACUGUGUUGGGUGUCAUAUUGACUCUGAUGUCGACUGUUGGAUGAGAAACUAUCUUCAGAUUCCUUUGUAGCAGAUUUGAUUUCUCAAAAACCGUGGGUAAAGGAGAGUCCUCUUUCAAAACUAAAGAGGAUUCUGCUGCUGUAUAUGGCUUUUCAAAGACGCCACGUACAAGAAUUACGGACUCCAGCAGAGCAGCAUUGCUUUUUAUUGUUUUUGUUUUCUCAAGUUAUGUGUUGAUGGUGAAAUUAUGUAUUUCACUUUCUGUAAUAAAGUUAUUAAAAAGAA